GCAUGAAAAUACACACAAAAAUUAAAAACAUCAAAGCAAAAGAAUAGUGUCAUGUUUUGCUCCGUAUAAAGCAAAGUGUUGCCUCCAUGUCACGCUCAAAAAUCUCUCUCUCUCUCUCCAACAAAGUGUUACUAUAAAGAAAACCUACCACACCCCUUAAUCCUUUGUAGUAAAAAAAAAUCCAAUUCUUAGCUAUCUAGCUUAUACUACUCUUCCUUCUCUCCCACUAAUUCUCUCUUAUUUUCUUGCAUUUCAACCAUCAUGCAAUUAUUAUAGCCUUUUUAUAUCUUCUUCUAUAUGUCUUAUUAGUAGGGUGACAUAAAAAUACAUCUUAUAAUAUAAGAGGAAAUUAAAAAGUGUUACAUAUGGGGGGUGCUAGUAGUAAUAGUAGUUAUUUUUUUUCAAGGUUUUUCUUUAGAGUACUUGUAGUGGUGGGGUUUGUUUGUUUUAUGGUUUUUGGUAGUUUAGUUAGUGUUGAAGGAACAAGACAAACAACUACAAGACAAUGGUCAGGGGAAAGAAUACUUAAGCAUGAUGAUGAACAUGUUGUUGUUGGUAAAGACAAGGGGGGUGUUGUUGUCAACCAUGAUGCACAAUUGGAUUUUAAUUAUAUGAGUAAAAGAAGAGUUCCAAAUGGACCAGAUCCUAUUCACAACAGGAGAGCUGGAAAUUCUGGUAGGCCACCUGGUCAAACUUAGUCAACUGAAAAUUAGACAAGCUUCAACAAACAUGCAAAAGAUGUAAAAAGGGCUAAUGAAAGUGCUAAUCUCACUUAUGGAAAUUGAUUUAUUAAGGGAAGAGUUUUGUGGCCUUAAAAGGGAAAAGAGAAAAGAAGCUUGUGUCCCAAAGAAAAUAAGUUCAAAAGUAUCAUAAAUUUGUUUCAUGAUCAAUUUCUACACAAAAACUACAAUUUAGUGAUGAGUGUUACAAUUAUUUUUUUUGAACUUAUCUUAUGAAGAUGGGGUGGAGCUAGCUAGAGAGAAAAGGAGAGUCACAAAGAUCAAUGGAAUUGAAAUCAGUGCUUGCAUGUAAAGCAAUUUAACAUAACUUUAAAGUUUAAAAGCCAAAGAGAUUCAUGUACAAAAUGCUGUAUGAUAUAGCAUCAGUCGAUCAUGGUUUUAAAUUGUGGUAUGCAUUGUAUGCUACGACAACAAUGGUUUCAAAUUGCGGUCUGCAACUGCAAUUGCAACCACAAUAUAAAAUAUUUGGAGGUAACGAUAUCGCAACUGCAAUUUUGACCGUGUCUACCGCAUAUAUCGUCGCAAUAUAAAGGUUUGCAAUAAAAUUGCAACUACAAUUUAAAACUAUGGAAGAUGCAUAUUUUUAGGACUAUGUUAGGGGGAAAAUAUUUUUUGGCUUUGGUUUGCUGAGUAUUAAAUUUGGAAAUUCUGUUUUUUUUUUUUUUUGAGUUAUUUAUUGGAAAGAUAUAUUGGAUGUGAGUUCCUAAAGUAAAAGUAAAAAUUCCACCA